AUGGGCACCCCCAGUGACCCUCUCUUGACCAGCCCAGGAGGGAGGUCAUCAGAGAGGCCAUUGGGUACCACUAAUGACGGCCUCUGGAGGAGCUCCAUGCCCAAGACGGCCAGCUUUCCAUCGUCUACCACGCGCCUCUUGAGUCACCGUGCCAACAACUUCCAGAGACCCCCGAAGUGUUGGAAGCUGAUCAGACCAUCCCCGCCCCCACCGCCCAACACCCCCUGCCCCCUGGAUCAGCUGGACCUUAGUGAGCUACCCCCCCGCCGCACCUUCCCAGAGCUGCUCUUCAAUGGCUGCGUCCUGUUUGGCAUCGAGUUCAGUUAUGCCAUGGAGACGGCCUAUGUCACCCCUGUCCUGCUACAGAUGGGUCUGCCAGACCAGUUCUACAGCCUGGUGUGGUUCACCAGUCCUAUAUUGGGAUUCCUUGUCCAGCCUCUCCUGGGAGCUUGGAGUGACCGCUGUACAUCCCGCUUUGGCCGGCGGAGACCGUUUAUUUUGGUCUUGGCUAUAGGAGCUCUGCUUGGUUUAACACUGGUGCUGAAUGGGCGGGACAUUGGAGCUGCGGUGGCAGACACAGCAACCAAUCACAAGUGGGGCAUCAUACUGACUAUUUGUGGAGUGGUUCUGAUGGACUUCAGUGCGGACUCGGCAGAUAACCCCAGCCAUGCCUACAUGAUGGAUGUGUGCCUGCCAGAGGACCAGGAUCGUGGCCUCAAUAUUCAUGCACUACUGGCAGGUCUGGGUGGUGGAUUCGGGUACAUCGUGGGUGGAAUUAACUGGGACCACACUGAUUUCGGGAGAUCAAUGGGAGGUCAACUUCGAGUCAUAUACAUGUUCACCAGUGUCACUUUGGUCAUUGCCACAUGCAUGACCCUCAACAGCAUCCCCGAGCGGCCCCUGCCAAAGACACAGCCUCAGAAGGGCUCUCUGAAGAGCCCCAGCCUCCCUCUACCCCCCUCUCCCCCAGACCCUCAGGGGGCAGGGCUGGGAUUGGAGGAGGAAGAUGAAGUGACUGGGCUCAAUAGCUACCAGUUCUCUGAACCCCGCCCCUCGAACCCUGACACCAACGCACGCCUCUGUGCCAGCCUCACCAGCCCCAUCUCCCCCCUCAGCCCCCUCACUCCUAAAUAUGGUAGCUUUAUCAGUCGGGACAACUCUCUCACUGGCAUUAACGAGUUUGCCUCAUCCCUGGGAAUCUCCUUUAUAGACAGUGUGCUCAUCGACUGCUACACUGGACAGCCAUCGCCACAGCCCCUUGACCCAGACACUGCAGCCCGACCCCUUCCUCCAGGGGACACCCCACCUCUCCAGGGAUCUCAGCCUGGAACAGGUUCACAGUCUGUAGCAGUGACAGUGACCCUGGCUGGGGCAGGAUCCCAGGCCGGGGCAGGGGAGGCUCAGAUCGGGGGAGGGUCCCAUCGAGGUUCAUCCGCUAGUAUCUUGAAGCGCCCUCAGAGCCUUGCGCUAGUGGAGGAGUCCAUGGUGACCCAGAGUGGAGGGAUGGAAAAUGGUCGCAGAAGAACAGUGACCUUCAGUCAGCAGGUGGCAAAUAUUCUGCUGAAUGGGGUGCGCUAUGAGAGUGACCUGAGUGAAAAUGUGGAGACAGCAGAUUCACAGAUGUCAAUGAGUAUGCUGUGUAUCGCCAUCUACAGGAUGCCUCCGUCACUGCGCAGCCUCUGCACUAACCAUUUUUUGGGUGAGAGUCAUGUCACUCUUGUGCUUGUCUAUCUGCCAUCCUGUCUUGAUCCUAAAGGUUGGCUGUCCUUUGAGGGUAUGCUGCUGUUCUACACUGACUUCAUGGGGGAGGUAGUGUUUGAGGGAGACCCCAAAGCACCCCAUGACUCUGAGGCCUACCAACGCUACAAUGCUGGGGUCAGCAUGGGCUGCUGGGGCAUGUGCAUCUAUGCAUUCAGUGCUGCCUUUUACUCAGCCAUUUUGGAGAAGCUGGAGGAACGUUUCUCCCUCCGCUCUCUCUAUUUCUUUGCCUACCUGGUGUUUGGCCUUGGCACAGGCCUUGCUACGCUCUCCACCAACAUUUAUGUGGUGCUGUUUCUCUGUAUCACCUAUGGGGUUUUAUUCUCCACUCUAUGCACACUACCUUACUCUCUGCUGUGUGAAUACUACCAGAGCCCGCAGUUCUGUGGAUCAUCAGAGGAAGGCACCAGGAGAGGAAUGGGGGUGGACAUCUCUCUGCUCAGCUGCCAGUACUUCCUGGCUCAGAUCAUAGUGUCCGUGUCGAUGGGACCUCUGACCUCACUGGUAGGUGGGGCCCAGGGAGUGAUGUACUUUUCCAGCGUGAUGUCAUUCGUGGGCUGUCUGUACUCCUCCCUCUGCGUGGUGUACCAUCUGCCCCCCCCUGAGGGUGAGCCUUCCGGAAGCGAGACCCAGCCACUACUUGUGCACAUUUAG